GUGUGCGUCGUCACUUCCGCCCGUCCUACCGAAAGGAAAUAAGCAGGAGAGGAGUUGCUAUAGCAAUACCGGAAGUUUGGGCCUCUGGGAUGUUAGUCGACUGAUCAAAAUAAAGACGCGGGAGAGCUUCCUUCCACGUAGAUCCGCGUAGGAGGGUUGCGGGUUGAAGGAGGCUGCCCCACCAUGGCAUCUACCUCUGACAAGUCCUUGCUAUCGGCUGAGUUGCAAGAGGAGGAAGAAGAGGAGGAGUUCCAACGCCUUCUGCUCCAGGCAACCCAGAAGAUCCAGAGUGCAAUUCCACCUCCAACGGACUCCAAGCCCAUCCGACCACUUCCAGGGUUCUGCCUUAAAACCCACACCAAUGCAGGCGAGAAGAUUUUCAUCAACAUCUGCAGGUCCUCUGAUGUUCCUCCACCUCCCAACCUGACCAAUGAAGAGCUCGAGUGCCUCAUUGAGUCGGAGAACGCCUCCACCUUCCGGAUCCCCAUGAGCCUGGGCGAGCCCCACGCAGAAGUGGACAACAGCAGUCACGGUUGCACUGCGUACGAUGUCACCAUCAACACCGACUUCUUCACCAAGAUGGAGAGCAACCAUUUCCUUAGGGAGUUCUUCAUUACAAUUGUUUUGGAGGGAUUAUCAGAGAAAUACAAGAUGGAGAUCGGCGACGCAGAAUGGCGCAUCCUGAAGAACAGGAAGUUCAUGGGUUCCAUCUCCGAGCAAACCAUCCGCACAAAAUCCAGACCCUUCAUACAGGAGAUGGACAGCAGUCAAACCCAGGAGACAACCAGUCCACUUUUGCAGCCCCUUUAUUCACAGAGUUCUGCCACAGUUCCCGACUUUGCCAUUGUCGCCCAGCCCUCACGCAGCCACCCUGAACGCCUUGUCCUGAGAAUCAGCCUCCCUAAAACGAACUCUGUGCGGUCCCUGGACCUGGACCUGGGAGAAGAUCGAAUUGUGUUGCAGGACCACCCUGGUCUGUACCACCUGGACAUCUUCAUUCCUUUCAGCAUCAUCCCUGAGGAGAGUAAGGCCCAGUUUCACAAAAGGACCAAGAUUCUAACUGUGACGAUGCCCAUCCAACGCUCCUCUCUGCUGUUGUCAGCAACAAGUAGCCAAUCUGACAGAGCAAUCAUCUCAUAGGCCAGAGCACUGGUGUGAGCACACCACCCCAAAAGUCCUGGCCCGAGGGAGAAUGGAGCGGCAUGCUGUGCGGAAUGGAGCUUGAAUAGUUUGCAGCUUCUGCAGAUGGCCCAGUGCUGAGCCCAGAGGAGAGGAGGAACACCUGGCUCAAGGAUGGCAAGCUUACUCCGUAUCCAGAUACAUACAGUAAAGCGCAUUGGAUGGGA